GUCAACAUUUUUAACCCAAUACAGUGCAAGUAAACGUCUGUGUAUGAAAAUUAAACGAUAGAGUAGUUAGUAUAUUUUGUGAACGUUACGAUCACUUGCAUAAAAUAUAUCUCCAAUUAAAAAGCCGCCUAAUCGAUAGUAAAUAAGAAGUAAUUUGCACCUGUCCAAAUUUACUUCAAUCAUGGACAACGAAAACAACAAGCCGUAUAAAAUAUGCGACGUAAAUCGAGACAAAAAGAAAGGAAUUGUUGCAUCUUCAUUGGAAGAUUUGUUGACAAAAGUGCCAGAUAAAUUGGGUUUACCUUCAGAAAAUUUAACUGUUGUCUUAGAGUCAGAUGGUACUGAAGUAGAUGAUGAAGAAUAUUUUUCCACUCUAGAACCCGACACUUCUCUUAUGAUCUUACAUGGUAAUGAAAAGUGGGCACCUAAUAUGCCUAAAUGUCAAGUAUCUUUAGACCAAACUGAUGAAGUGUCCCUUGGAGAUAAAAGUCAAGUUGCUAACCUUGUUGGACGUUUACAACAUAAUCUUUGUCACAUUUCAUUACUUGGUGGGCAGGAUCUUGAACUACUCUCCGAUAUGGAUCCAGAUAGUCUAGCUGAUAUUGUUACAGACCGAGACAAUAGAAUUAUUUUGGAACACAUCAAAGAAGCCUCUGGAAGGAUUUUAUUAGAAAAACGCCAAGCUCAAGAUGCAAUGGAACUGUUAAAACUGUAUCAUCAGAGUGUUGCUAAUGGUUCAGAAGAUGUAUCAUCACCUAAACAGGAAAGAGUCUAAGAACAUCACCAAAGCAUCCAUAGUAAUUGAUGGUCAAUGGUAACUUAUUAAUGUAACCCUCAAUUUAUUUUAAGGGAUGGUAGGUACAUCUCAAAAGUUUACAAAGAUUAUUUUACACUGUAUUUUCCAAGGUUUUCAUAUGGAAUUCAUGUUACUGCUUAUUUAUUGAUCUUACAACAAAAAAUAACCAUAAAAAAAUGGGAUCCUUUAUUUAAUUUAAGCAAUAAUAAUUUAUAAAUUAUAUUGUACACCAAGUGAAUGAGGCCUUUUUUAUAGUUGAAGUUUCGUAAUAUUGAAUUAUUGAAAAAGUAUAACAUGUAUACAUUAUUAGAACUUCACAUAACUAGCCAUUAAAAAAUAAUGUAUGUCCUUUAGUACUUAAACAUAUACAUAACUACAGCAAAACCCUUAACAAAUAGUUGCCUAUAUGAAGUAAAAAUAAAAUAUUAUAUUUGCUGUGAUUCUGUCUCUCUUUAUGAAAUAUGUAAGAAUGCCGAUGUGUAAGCAGGUAGUUAUGUGAUGAUGAAAUAGAUCAUAGUUAUUAUAAGACGCUAAUCUUAUGAAUAUGAGCUGAUAACGAAUGUUAUUCAUAUUUAAUACUAAUUGUAAGAUUGAUCUAAGUAUCAUGUACAAUGUGGAUAAAUGUUUUGUGUAUAAAAAAUCUUAAUUUAAUAUUUGAUAUACACCACUGAAAAUAUUUGAAAACCUUUUAUAUUGAAACAAUCAACCCACAUUUGUUGUAUAGUUUCAAUAUAAAAUUUUAUAUAUUAUUAAUGACUUGAUUCAUGAUAAAAUUGAAAUGUAAUGGAACCAUGUAAAAUGUGGCAAUCUUAAAGUUAUUUAAUGGCACAACAACUUCUUAAAAUAUAACUUGAAGUUUACUUACUCUGUGCUAAGGAAAAUCAUUUAUUUUUCAUUUCAUAUAAUGCACUUCAAAAACAGUCUGUUGUGAAUUCAGACCAACAUAUUUGUUUUAUUUUGAUAUAUUUUACUAAUAUUUUUAUUCUCAGUUUUAUUUAACUACAUUUUUAGCAUUAUUUUCUUUGAAUUAAUUUAAAUUCAUUUUGUGUAUUGAUUAUUAGUGUAAAGAGUGACAAUAGAUAAUGGUAGUAAAUAGGUAUUAUAAAAAAAGUGAUAAAUGUUAUUUUAGCACUCCUUUUCACCAUUUUGUAAACUUUUGAGGGAUUAAUUGCCGCAAGGUUGACAACAACAUCAAUUCAAAAGACUGAUAGUUGGUAAACUUAUUUUUUUUUAUAUAGUUUUACCCCUAGAAUAAGGUUUUAUUCAUUUUGUUAAAAAAGUUGCUCAAUCAAUUUAUAAAAAUAUCAUAUAAGUUACCCUCAUUUAAUUCCACUGCCAAUGAAUUACUCUCAUUACAAUUUAAAACUGAGAGUGGAGUAAAUUUAAACAUUCUUGUCAAAAAUAACAUUUGUUUCAUUGAUACAUUUAUCUUACAAUAAGUAGGUGGCCUUAAUUAUUAUUAAAAUCUACCUACUUCUGUAUUUUUAUGUAGCAUAAUAGCAUACUAGUUUGAUUGCUACUGAAAUAGUACCUAACUAUUCAAGUUUUGAAAUCUUUUCCAAUAAUUUAUAAAUAAUAUGCACCUGUUAUAUUCAGUAGAUGAUGUGUCAAUAAGCACAACAUACAUAUUUGAACUUGGGCCCUUAUUUGCUCUUAUAUUGUAGAAUCAAAUUAUAUUCUCUAAUGUUUAGAAAAUAUCACAGCCAUUAUAAAAUUCCAGUAAUUAAGUUUAUGUUAAUUCAGCUGCACCAAUAAAAUAUGAUUCAAUGUGAUGUCUACAUGCAAUCAGUGCAUUAUUCAUAUUUUGUGGAAUUGUAAUAAAUUAUUUCAAAUUUCCUAUUAGUGGAAUUGACAUAUACCUAUAACUAGCUACCAUUUAUUAUAAAGUGCACAAAUAUACA